UGGGCACCAAGAGCAAAUCCAAUGUCCAAUGUAUUAUGGGCACCAAAAAUGAAUCCAACGUCCAAUAUAUUAGUGGGCAACAAGAAUCCAACGUCCAAUGUAUUAGCACCAAGAAUGAAUUCAACGUCCAAUAUAUUAAUAGGAACCAAGAUAUUAGUAGGUACAAAGAACAAACCUAACGUCCAAUAUAUUAGUGGGCACCAAGAGCAAACCCAACUGGAAACCAAAAAUGAAUCCAACGUCCAAUGUAUUAUUACACCAAGAACAAACCCAACGUCCAAUAUAUUAGUGGGCACCAAGAAUGAAUUCAACGUCCAAUAUAUUAGUAGGCAACAAGAAUCCAACAUCCAAUGUAUUAGUAGGCACCAAGAAUUAAUCCAACGUCCAAU